ACACACACACGCACACACACACGCCGUGCGCCGUCGCACUACAGGCGGUUCGUAGUCUCAUCACCUCGGCGGUGGUGGUGUGUGAGAGAGAGAGUCUCGUACUGACUAUGCGGAAUAGUCUGAGCUGGUAGAUUCGGUCACUCCCCCCUCCCUCCCCUCCCUCCCCUACGGUCUUCACGAUCGGAGUCUCGGGUCGCUUUUCCCCCACUUGUUUUAAUUUUUUUUUUUUUUUGGACAUCGCAAGGAGCAAAAAUACAAAGAGAAAGACAUGUCGAGGGACCCCGAGGACGUGACCAAACUCACCGAAAGUACAUACAAGAAUGUGAUGGACCAGUUCAACCCGGGAUUAAGGAAUCUGGUCAACCUGGGCAAGAGUUAUGAGAAGUCAGUGGCCGCAAUGACUCUGGCCGGAAAGAUGUAUUUUGAUGCAAUGUCCAAAAUUGGGGAGAAUGCGGCAGCGUCCCCUGUCUCCAAAGAGUUGGGUGUAGUUCUCAUGGAUAUCUCUGAGGUCCACAGGAAGGUUCACCUUGAGCUGGAGGAAAAUUUUAAGAGGUUCCACAGGGAGAUAAUAGCUGAGCUGGAGAAAAAGACCGACAUGGAUGUGAAGUACAUGACAGCCACGUUUAAGAGGUACCAGGUGGAGCACAAGAUGAAGCAGGAGUCUUUGGAGCGAUCAAAGUCCGACCUGAAGAAGCUGCGGAGGAAGAGCCAGGGCAAGAACACCAACAAGUACGAGAGCAAGGAGAGCGAGUGCCUGGAGACGCUGACCAGUCGUCAGAUGGACAUGCAGAAGUUCAUAGCCGACGGCUGCAAGGAGGCUCUGCUGGAGGAGAAGAGACGCUUCUGCUUCCUGGUGGACAAACACUGCACCUUCUCCCAUCAGAUCGUUGCCUUCCAUGAUAAGGCCAGAGACAUGCUGACGGUCAAGAUCCCCAGCUGGCAUGACCAGUGCAAAGACGCCACCGUCAUGCCGGACAGCGUCUUGUCCAUGAUAGAAGGGCUGCGCACGCCUAUCUCCAUCACGCCGUUGCCCUCACCAGCCGUCUCGCGACACAGCAUGAGUAUCUCCUCCGGACGCGAGUCUGCGACUCUUCCCCCAGCCCCGCCUUCCAAGGCUCAGACCAGCCCACUGGCCAACAUGUUCAACCAAGAAAACAAAACCAGCGUAACCGACAUCAGCAUGGACAAACACUCAGACUACGGAGGCAGCGAAGAGGGCAGCCUCCCCAGGUCCGUGUCUGUCUCCACGGGUCUCAACAACAUUGUGAAGAGGCCACGCGUGCGCGCCAUCUUCCCUCACACUGCGGGAAACAACAACACCCUGCUGAGCUUCCAAGAGGGGGAUGUUAUCCUGCUGCUCAUCCCGGAGGAGAGGGACGGCUGGAUGUACGGCGAGCUGGAAAAGAGCGGGAAGAGAGGCUGGUUCCCAUCGUCGUACUGCCGUGUGUGUGCCGAGCUGCUAGCGAAUAACAACAGCGUGACCGCAGCCCCGUACCGCAGCAGGAGCGUGGUCAACCUUCACCAUCAGGACACGGAGACGGACGAGGCCACCAUGGUGCUUCCACCGGCGGACUACGCCGACUCUCCGAAGCGGGCCCCUGUCCACAACCCCACCUCCUCCACCGCAACCACCAACAGCAAUCACCACCACCACCACCAGCACUCCCCCACCCCCUCCGCAGCCUCGUCCUCUUCAUCUGAUAAUAACACGGCCACCCAGCCAAACGGCAUUUCCAGGCCUCCACCUCCCUUCCUCACCGGAGGCAACCCGUUCGCCACAGUCAGGCUACGUCCGACUGUCACCAAUGACCGCUCCGCGCCGGUCAUCUGACUGUCCUUAUCUCUGCCGGCUCCUCACCCCCCCCACCCCCACCCCACCUCCCCAUCACCCCACCUCCCUCACUCUCAGCCCACGCACGGUUCAGCACCGCCCUCUGCUGCCUCUUGAUACACCCUUGACAAUCGAUGGCCCACGCCAUUUGAACCCGGCGCCCUUUCCCACCCCUGUCAGAACUCUCAGAAGGGGAAGAUAUCAUGGUUAACGUUAUUUAUGGAACCAGGCGCUCACAUUUUAACUGCUUUUUGUCCUUUGAAAUCACCACGUUCGCAACCCGGAGAAGAAGCUGUCAGGAAAACUAGAAAUACUGCCUCGUAUCUAUGCCGUUGCCGGCUUUUCUGUUUGUUGCCAUAGGACAGAAAAUGAAUGUACGACACGCGACCCCCACCUCCACCUCCGGCUCCUUCCUGAUACGUGUUCUCACUGGCAGGCGAUGACGAGGAGUCAGCUUUGUCCCCACAUGGUUGUCGUUUAACUUUGUUGUAGAGCUAGAAUAUCGUGGAGAGAAGACGUUCGCCUUAAAAUACUUUGUGUAAUCACUGAAAACAAGCUGUCCUUGUAAUGGAAUUGUGAAAAGCGACACUGCUUUAAUCUUACAGAUGUCAUUUUUAAACCCUAGCUGUCAGUGGUCGGCCCUAUAUCACGCUCUUAAUGAUGCUUUUAAAUAUGUAUAAUAAAGAUUUAUUUCUUCAAACUGCUUUCUUUUCUUUUUUACACGCUACAGCGAGCUUGACCUCAUGAUCAUUUUUUUUGCCCCCAUCCAUGCAUGAUUUUUAUCUUUUCCUCCCCAAUCGUAUCCGGCCAAUUACCCCACUCUUCCGCUCCACCCUCCUCUGCCGAUCCGGGGCGGGGGGCUGCAGACUACCAAAUGCCUCCUCCUCCAAUACAUGUGGGGUCGCCAGGCCAAUUGUGUCUGUAGGGACGCCCGACCAAGCCGAAGGCAACACAGGGAUUCGAAUCACCGAUCCCCGUGUUGGUAGGCCACGGAAUAGACCGCC